GAAAAAUGAAAGGCGAUGAUGGUGAAAGUGAAAGGCUUUUGGUUUGGGAUUGGAGUAGGAAUCUUGUCGGCCAUUGUUGUUUUCGUUAUUGGGCUUAGAGGAGGAGCUAUGCAGAGCUCGACGAUCUUCUUGUCUAGUGUCAGAUCGGUUCUCACUCCAGCCACCGAACGAGGUUCCAUGGCGACAUCCUCUAACGGUCCUAAGUGGGCUCAGAAAACCAUCACGCUUCCACCGCAACGCCGUGGAUGUCAUCUUAUCACUCCCAAGAUUUUGAAGGAAAUUGGACAAGACUUGUCGGGUUUUAACUGUGGUCUUGCUCAUGUCUUCUUACAACACACAAGUGCUUCUCUUACAAUCAAUGAGAAUUAUGAUCCUGAUGUUCAGGCUGAUACCGAGACUUUCCUGAACAGGAUUGUUCCUGAGGGGAGUUCAGCUCCUUGGAGGCAUACCAUGGAAGGUCCAGAUGACAUGCCAGCUCAUAUCAAAUCAUCAAUGUUUGGAUGUCAACUCACAAUCCCAAUAACAAAAGGAAAACUUAACAUGGGAACUUGGCAGGGAAUAUGGCUAUGUGAACACCGUGAUGAUCCGACAGCACGCAGAGUUGUGGUCACACUCAAUGGAAUCUAGAGAAUAUCUCUUCAUGUUUUGUAACCCUCGUGUGGUAUUUACGGUGGAAUGUUUCAUUUUUCACUGUGAGACAAUGCUGCGUGUAAUGUGCACAUUGUGGUAUUUAUUGCAUCAGAAAAACCUAUAAAUUACAGAAAACUAA